AACGGAGAUCAUCACCAGAUCAUCAAGGUGCUCAACAUGGUCCAGAUUCCAAAGUUCUCUGAGCUCCCCGUGGACAAGAGUGGACCUCACCAUAACGCCUGGGGCGUAUACGGCAAAGACGAUCAGCUAGGCACUCUCAACCGCCUCACAGACGAGGUCGUAAAAGCCGCCGCCAGCGAAAUUCAAACCGGGACUCGUGUCAAUCUCGACUGGCCACUCGAUGCACAAGCAGAUGUGCCCUUCUUUGGUCGACAGUCUUUUCAGAAGAAAGUCUACCAAAAGGCUCCUCGAAUCGUGAACGACGAUACUUGGUUCUUCAACACGCAGAGCUCCAGUCAAUGGGACGGCCUCCGCCAUUUCGGCUACCAGAAAGAAGCCAAAUUCUACAACGGCGUAACUCUCGACGACAUCCACGGCACCAACGGCGUGACGGCGACCAACACCCUCGGCAUCGGCGCCUGGGCGGAAAAGGGCAUCGUAGGCCGUGGCAUCCUCCUCGACUACCACGCCUGGCGUCUGAAGAACAACGUCGCCCACAGCGCCUUCGAAACCGGCUCAAUCAGCGCCGAGACGCUCCGUCAAGUCGCCGAGGACCAGGGAACGGAGAUCAAGUUUGGUGACAUUCUCUUGCUUCGCAGCGGGUAUAUGGACGCCUAUGGUAAACUGUCACGAGAGGAGAUUGAGGCAUAUAGAGCGAAGCAGCCAUUGGCGUUCACGGGCGUUGAGCAGAGCGAGGACAUGAUGGAGUUCAUGUGGAGCAACUUCUCGGCGUGCGCGGCGGAUCAUCCGAGUUGGGAGGCGUGGCCUACUCAGAAGGAGUAUUUGCUGCAUGAGGUUAUGUUGGCCGGAUGGGGAAUGCCGAUUGGGGAGUUAUUCGAUCUGGAGAAGUUGGCGGCGGAGUGUGAGAGGCAGAAGAGAUGGAGUUUCUUUGUGGUGUCGAAGCCGGUCAAUGUGCCAGGAGGAGUUGCCAGUCCGCCCAACAUCGUCGCCAUCUUCUAA